AGACAGGUAGUGUUGUGGGGGCAGAAAAGUAUCCGUUGAAAAAUUGAACGUUAAUCUCUUCAUGACAGAACAGAGCAGAAUCCGAUACCAGACCCACCUGCUAUGAAUAAAUGCUUCUUCUUAUUCUUUCCCUACUCAACUCAGCUACACUUCAUUUUGUAGUCUCUCUUUCACUCUGAAUUCAGAAAAGAAAAGCAAGUAAUUAAGAAGAAGAAGAAGAAGAAGAAGAUCGAAGAUGGGUAUGGUGGUUGUGAUCUCUCUCCCUUUCAUAAUCUUCUGCUUCCUUCUUGGAUUUGGAUGUUACUUUUUUGGAAGAGCAAGAGGAAGGAGAGAGAUGCAGAGCAACCCACAAGUUUAUGGAAUGCCAGCUCCACCCCCAGGCGCUUCUCCUCCCAAGCCAGAAAACACUCUUAAUGUUUGAUUCAAUCCAUUUCUCUCUUCUGUUGCACAAAUAUACCUCAUAUAUAUGUAUUUCCUUCUUCUUCUUUUUCUUUACAGCUCUAAACUUCAAUCAUCUUUCCUUUAUUUCAUUACCUAAAUUCAAUUUUCUUGUUCACUUUUGCGUAAUAUAAUUCUUAUAGCAGAUCAAUUCUGUGUCUGUUUAACACCUGAUGAGAGAAAAGGAAGAAGAAAACAAUUAUAAAUAUAUUAUCUGUUUUGGGAUUAA